AUGAAACAGUCUCAAGGGCGUGUCCAAGACAAAUGGUGCCAUGGAGGCACUGUCUGGAGUGACUUCGCGACAAUUGACAAUUUCUGUACACAAUGUACAUCGCUUCCGGACGAAGCGACUUGGGGAAUGGCAGACCGCGUUACAGAUGAAUUGACGCGCAAGAUGAAGCACGCAGCGAAGGAAUAUGACAGUCUCAAGGGCAUGUCCAAGACAAAUGGUGCCAUGAAGGCACUAUCCCGAGUGACUUCGCGACAACCGACCAUUCCUGCACACAAUGUACACCGCUUCUGGACGAAGCGACUUGGGGAACGGCCGAUUGCGUUACAGCUGUAUGGACGCGCGACACGAAAGCACGCAGCGAUGGAAAUCAACAGUCUCAAGGGCAUGUCCAAGACAAAUGGUGCCAUGGAGGCACUGUCCCGAGUGACUGCGCGACAAUCGACCAUUCCUGCACAUAAUGUACACCGCUUCUGGACGAAGCGACUUGGGGAACGGCCGAUCGCGUUACAGCUGUAUGGACACGCGACAUGA